AUGUCGAAGCCACAACUUUCGGUGAUGCGCGUGUACACGAGCAGCGGAUUUUCGGAUCAACGGCAAUACAAUAUCGUAUUGUUGUUGUUGUUGUUGUUGUUGUUGUUGUUGUUGUUGUUGUUGUUGUUGUUGUUGAAUAUCGUCGAGGUCGGCUCAGGACCGGGAUGCAACUUCGGCUACUACCCUUCGUGUAGGGUGACGUGCGUCGACCCGAACCCUGAGUGGCCGCGCUUCCUGGCGAAGAAUCUGGCGCGCGCGCCGCACGUGAAGGCAAGCUUGAUAAUUCAGGGAGCCGAAGACAUGGACGUCAUUGCUACAGGUAGUGUCGACGCGGUGGUGACGACAGCGGCGCUCUGCUCCGUGCAGGACCCCGACAGAGUCGUCAGCGAGAUCAGACGCAUUUUGAAACUGGAAGCCGAGACGUGA